CUGAGAUGUAAAUACGGGGAGGAGAAUGAUGCAAACUAAGACCUUAAUCUCGACGUAAAUUUUCAUCUGCAAAAGAAAUUUCAGUAGAUAAUCACUCCAAUAUCAACCUCAUAAAUCAGCCAAGAUGGCUCUAGGCCCUGACCUGGCGCAGCUGUCUAGGCAUCUGCGACAAGAGAGGCUGUAUGUCACAUCUGAGAGGGAACAGCUACAGAGUCUCUAUGAGCAGGUGAAAACUGCUGCAGAACAGCUUUACCAUCAGUCUUGGAUUGGUCGUCAACAGAAGACAUUCCUUGAUCUGCUUGUGUCUGCAUCCCAACAAGUCACGCCCACAGAGUGUUGUGCCAAGACGAGCCAGCUUGAAGCUACAAACUUCAUAGAUAGCUACAAACAGCUGAGCUAUCAUGAUUCAAAGUAUGGAGAGUUCUUGAAAUAUAUCUUGGAUAAUCCGGUCUUCAUUGGCACAGUGAUAGCCAUUGCUGAGAAAAGCAAUGUUCCAAAUGUGGCUGAUGUCAUAAAGACAUUGGUACGGUCGGUUUUUGGUAACUGCAUCUUACAAGAAGAUGAAACAGCAAUGUUACAUGUGCUGAAAAGUUUGUUAGAGUUACAAUUGUCAUCAAGUGUUGAUCCAAGAAGACUGUUGAGACGAGGCUCAUGUGCAUUUAGUGUAGCAUUUAAACAACUGUUUGACAUGGUGUUCUCUGCCAAAUUAUUCCUGACCGCCGCGUUACAUGACCCCGUUAUGAGACUUUUGAUGGAGGAUGAGUGGUUCUAUGACAUCGACCCAGGGAAAGCACUCGUUCGCUUCCCACCAGCAGAGCGGCUGCGAAGGUUUGGAGAGCCGGGUACCGACCAAUACAAAGAGAAGUUGGUGAAAUAUCGGACAACUAUUGUAGACAAACUGGUGCUUAUGGCGAAUAGGUUUAUCACGUCCAUCAAGAACAAUAUGCACUGCUUUCCUCAGAGUCUUGGCUGGAUUGUGUCUCAGGUGUAUCAAGUGCUGGCCAAGUCGGGUAAAGCUGAGAUGGGUGAGGUGAGAUCGGUUUGUGCCGACCUUGUGUUUGCCCUGUUCAUCUGUCCUGCAAUAUGUGACCCCGAACCACAUGGCAUUACCACAGAUGUGCCCAUCAGCCAUAUAGCGCGCCACAACCUGAUGCAGAUGGCCCAGAUUAUCCAGGUAUUGGCAAUAUCCCAGUGGGAAGAGAUUGACCCCAAACUGCAUGACCUCUAUGGCAAAUUUGAAAAGGGUUGUAUGUCGACACUGCUAGACUCUCUGCUGGACGGUAUUGGCAUGGAGUUACCAUCUGUGACCUCGUCUCAGCUUCCGUGUCUGUCACGAACAUCUAGUCUCAUCACACUCAGAGGGCUAAACCAGCUGGUAACAUUUAUGAGAGCAGCCCUACCAUUUGUAGAGGACAGCUCAGACAGGAAGGCCCUAGAUGAGAUGUUAGCUGGGCUUGUCCCUAUAACCCCGGUGACCCCUGUUAUGCCCCCUCAGGGGAUGCUGCCAUGCGCCUCGACCCCACCAGGGACACCUAGCACUGCCAAAAAAAUGAAAGGAAAGAAAAAGCCUGUCUUAGGAAACCAAAUGCCAGACGAUGCAGUUAGUGUGUCUUCUGUUACCAUAGAAACAGAAGCGUUGCCUAGUAAUGCAGUGGAAGAGGUGCUAGUUAUUUCCCUUGGUAACGACCAGGACUGCCCGGGCAUGAUGUCAGAACAGAAGGUGAUGGUAUGUGAACAAGAGAACAAGCGACGCCGGGUGAAGCACCAGACUGUUCAGUGGGAUUACGAGGGUCCGCCAGGGGAGAUACAAGAAAAGAGGACACGCUUCUCACUGUCCCAUGAUCAGGAGUCAAUUGGUGAAGGUAACACAAGUGACAUCCCUGAAGGCAUGUCUGAGGAUGCCAGUAGCCACUCUGUCGGCUCCCAGGACCUGGAGAACGAGGAUGACAAUGAUGACAACUUCUCCGACAUGAUUUCUGCCAAUGUCAGUGGUCGCGGGACCCCAAACAUCAGUGGUAGAGAUACUCCUCUCUCGCAGGCCGAGAUGGAGCAGGAACAUGUGCAUGUACCCCCGAUCCAGCCCGCGCUGCCAGAGACCGUACGCAAGAAGAACAGAGAGGAUGUUACAGACAAGUUCGGCAAGUUCGACAUCAAGCCAGAACUUGAUUAUGAUCUGAAAUCCACCGUCAGUGACACAUGGAGUACAGAUGUCUUGGCCAGUGACUCUGAACCACCUGAGAUGCCACAGCAGGUGCGACUUGAAGAAAUAGCUGAGGAAAUGAGCAGACAAUUUCUCACUACUGGAGAGAAUGUUCCGGGCUUGUCAAAGGCACCCAGUGAGGCUUGGAGUAUGGACGUAAUGCCAUCUGAUACAGAAGACAAGCAGUGCGAGACGUUCUCAGAGCUUGACGACAUGUCAGUGGGCGGGGGAGGGAGUAACCUUGACGAUGUGCGAAGUGAGCCUGACACCACAGAUGGAAAUGAGAUUACUCCCCUUGCUUCAGGUUUCCAGAGCCCAACUGACACUGCUCCGGUCGAUAUUUUCUCAACAGGCCGUGCAGGUCGGCAGGGAACAUCGAUAAACUCUGACAACAUCAGCAUGUCCCCAACGUUCUCUGAUAGUGUCUUUUCCGAUAUUGAUGUUGAAAGCGGAAGAAACAGUCGUGAGCCUCGAGCAAUAAGUGGCCCUGCGCAGGGAAAUAUGCAGUUUCCCUCUAUUGACUCUAAUAAAUUAUUUGUGCCAAUCAAGAAAAAACGUGGACAAUCACCGUCCGGUUCAUCUCCAGAUCGGAAUAGUGAAACAGGGUCAACCAGAAAUCGAUUGGUCGAUUUUGACUUAGAGCCUCGUUAUGAGAGUUAUCAGCACAGGCCUGCGAGUGAUACUGGGAUUUUGAAUGGUGCUAGGCCAAAACAAAUUUUUAAUGAUAGGAAUAGGAAUCAUAAAAAUGUUGUGUCAAAUUUUAAAACGAAGGAUAGUAGUUAUAGAUUUAAUGGGGUCAAUAGUGUUAAUUUAAUUCCUGAUGAAAUUAGGCCAAUAUCCAAUGAUUCCGGUGUAGGGUCUACACAAUAUAUAGAUGCGGCACCAAGUGAUGAUGUGCGAAUAUUAGAACAACAGAACACAAAUGUCGAUGAAACCCGAUUUUCCGCCGCUUUAAGUUUAUUUGACCCGUUAGCAGAGGGGGAAGGAUUAGGAGGUGGGGAUUUACUAGAGGGUCCAAGCAGCCCACAUGAACGGUCCCCCUUUCAAGGUUUUUCCAAUCCAAACUUUGUAGAAGUUGCCACAAAUGCAAUACUGCCCAACAGCCGAGGCAAAAACAAAAGUGAUAAUGCAGAUCUUCCUAGUCGGACCAAGGAACAGGCCCAAAGUGCUACAUUAAUAGACACUGGGGAUGUGUUUUUACAAACCGAUGGGCCACCAAAACCAAGAAGGGGUAGUACUGAUAGUAAUCGGUCGUCGGGGUCUAGUCUAUCUAAGGAUGGGUCAAAUUCAGGGGACAGGGCCAGCCUUCAGAAUGAAAAGGAAUUAUCCGGGGAACAAGACGGUGCCACUCCAGGGAAGAAACGAGGGUUGUUCAGGACAUUUAGGGAAAAAAUUCAUAAAGUGGUGGAUGUCACCCAGCAGACUGCAGCAGAGAGUACCAACACGCUUGUAGAUAGUGAGGGGGCUGUUGGUGGGGAUACAACAGACAAGGCUGCACCCGAGCCCAACAUUGUCAUCACUGAGACUUCAGAUGACAUUUUGGCCAAGUAUCGCAAAAAGUCAAUCCUGACGAGUGCGCCCAGCUCAGAGCCCGCCCAGUCGGAGAGAGCCCUUCGCCUAACUCUGAAGGAGAAUGAUGACUCUACCCCUCUGUACGAUCCAGACAACCUGGAGAAAUGUCUUGCAUUCCUGGACGCCAAGAGGAAACUGAGGAUUGUGCUUGGAUCUGCUGACUUCCAGCAGGUGGGAUACAGCCUGUUCUGUCAGCCAAGUGUGCCCUACAGUCCCCGGGAAGUGUCUUCUACACGUGAUAAUGACCUUGUCAACAUGCUGAGGGCACAGCUGUCUGAGGCGAUUAAUCUACAGAACAAAGACACCAUAGCACAGCUACAUGAGGCUCUUAGAUGCGUCAGGCAGUUUGACAACGAAGGGUGUAAGAAGCUAGUCAGGUCCCUCCAGGAGGACUAUCGUACCAGGGCGAGCUACAUUUCCUAUCUGGUGAGGUGUAAACAGGGCCUUUUGUGUACCCUGUCACACCUGAGAAAGCUUCAGGAUAGGGCCAGGCGGGAGAAAGAGAUUUACAACAAGCACAUGACGAGUGUGUGCAUCCGUAUGUUCCUAGAAACCUGGGAGAAGGCACUGCAAGGGUUCAUACAGGACUUUCAGAAGCUGACAAUGGCUGACGAGAAAGUGGACCUGCUGGAGAGGUUUCUACAGUAUCUGUACCAGAAGAUGAACGUUGAUUCAAUCUGGCUUGCAGCCAAUGAAAGCCAGCUGGAGGACGGUCAACUAGCAAUAGAGCGUUACAUUAUGUCUCGAAUCUACACCCAUGCCAUGUUUCCCAACGGUGAUGGGGACAUUCACAGGGAUCAGUUAUUCCAAGCGCAUAUCAAAGAGUUAAGUAAGAUGAUCACGCCAGAACACAAGGAUCUGACCAUACCCAAGAUGUAUCACCUAGAAUGUCCCUGGCCCGCUGCACAGAGGGAACUGUACAUGAUCAAUGCUUACAAGACACCAAGGGAUAAGCUGUAUUGUAUUCAGCGGUGUGCUACAACCAUCAUGAACCUACUGAGUAUGGCAAACGAGAAAUCAGUCCCUGCUGCUGACGAAUUUACACCAGUCUUCAUCUUUGUGAUAAUUAAAGCCAAUCCCCCAUGCCUGCUGUCAACUAUACAGUAUGUAACUAGCCUAUACCAGGACAGACUGCAGGGAGAGGAACAGUACUGGUGGAUGCAGUUUGUGGCUGCUGUAGAGUUCAUCAAAACCAUGGACUACCCACGGGAUAGCAGUGCAUAGUGCUACUGAAGACUUUUAGACUUGUUAAACUUUGUUUGGGUUUAAUAUUUGCUAUUUUGCACAACUUAUAAAGGUCGCCAAAUAAAACACUGGGGUAAUUUUAUUACCCAUUGAUAAAAUAAUGGUGUCCCAAAGCUUAAAUCUUGUGAAAAGGAUGCUAAAAGGACCUCACAAUAUUAAAACAGUAUGUAGAUGGCACAUAGCACAUGUAAAAUGAACAAAUAGUUAAGUCUUGUCAAAGCGAGGGAUUAUUUACUAGCAACAUAAUUGUUAGCAUCUAAAAAGGCAUCUUAAAAUUUUAAGGAAAGAAAUUUGAUGUGAGAUGUAUUUGGAUGUUUAAUCUUUUGUUAUUAUUAAAAACCAUGUAUUACUCUCAGGAUAGCAGUGUUGAGUGGAGUGUGUUUUUAGGUUUUCUAUCAUUCAAAUGAUGGAAAGUAAUAUUUCUUUGUCAAGAUUUAUGGUCAUUUGCCAAUCUGAUUUGAGCCAAAGAUGUUUUGGUCAAAGUGAUAUAAAGUCAUUAAAUGAUCACCAUUCCUAUUCCAAACUUAUUCGUUGGAUCAACAAAGAAAUAUCUGUGCAUGAGGUUGAAAGUGUUGAAUAAAAAAAAUCAUAGACAACCCUAUAGACAGGACUGUAUUGAUGCGACUUAGAUAUAUUCUUAAAUGCUUGUUUCAAUGUGUAAGCUAAGAAUUGUUGAGCACUAAAAACUACCACAUUUCUACCUUGCAGCUGAGUCUUGGGUAAUAGUUUGAUGUGCAAAUUUUUAUACCCUGACAAACGAAGUUUGAAGGGGGUAUAUUGGAGUCACCCUGUGGUCUCAAAAAUAUUCAUUUACUUGAAUUAGGAACUAUGUGGUUUAGAAUUGUGUUGCAGUUGAUGAUAGCUACCAACAUAUAUUUCAUUUGUUACAUGUAUAUUUAUGCUUGUAGGAAAAUUGGAAUUGCUUAUUAUAGAGUUCUGUCAAUCAUUCAUGACAUUGAUUUGAAAUAUAACAUAUUUGUUCCAGUAUAUUCAUGUUGACUAAUCAUAGCAUAGUUGGGAAUAGUGCUUACCUAUUUUUAGUUUGUUUCAAAGAUAUAUGUCUCAUCUCCAGCAUGCAACUAUUACCUAUACAGUUUCUUGAAAUGUCAUCUCCAGCAUGCUCCAGUAUGCAACUAUAACCUAUACAGUUUCUUGAAAUGUCAUCUCCAGCAUGCUCCAGUAUGCAACUAUAACCUAUACAGUUUCUUGAAAUGUCAUCUCCAGCAUGCUCCAGUAUGCAACUAUAACCUAUACAGUUACUCGAAAUGUCAUCUCCAGCAUGCUCCAGUAUGCAACUAUAACCUAUACAGUUUCUUGAAAUGUCAUCUCCUGCAUGCUCCAGUAUGCAACUAUAACCUAUACAGUUACUCGAAAUGUCAUCUCCAGCAUGCAACUAUUACCCAUACCGUUUAAGAUUAUCAUUCACAGUAAUUUGAUAUAAACAUUUUCACAAUGACAGCUGUUGAGCAACAUAAGAAGAAGGUGCCAUGCUCUUUACACAAAGGUCAAGGUUAAACUUUUAUAAAGAUGCAGACUAAGACAGGGAUGUGAUUUGUACGCGGAUUCGCGGAAUUCCGCAGAUCUAAUGGCCCCCCCCCUCCCAAAAAAAAAAUAUAUAUAUUUUGUUUUUUUUUAGCUGAUUAAAAAAGAUACUAGUGUGCUUUUGGUUGUUAGAGUUGAUAUCCCAGUUUGCUUCAAAUUUAAAGUCAGAAGAACCCUCAAAGCCAGUCUUUCUUCUACGGCAGUGUGCUUUUGACCCCAAAAGUGCCCCAAGAACCCAUGGUGGAAAUGGUUUCAGCCCUCCAGCUGCCAGGUCAAUCACAUCCCUGCUAAGAAUAGUUUCAUAGCAACUUUGUAUUAUUUUAUUUUAAUUUCCAUCAAACAUAACAGGUGUGUGCAGCAAUCAACUAAGGAGACAGUUACAAGCAAAGGUAUUCAAAUAACAUAAUGUUGCUGUUAUAAAUCAUUAUGGCAUGAACAUUUGAUAGGGAUACAUAUCAUAUGCCCCAUAUAAGACGAAGUUUUAUGUACUAAACGACAUUACAGUACAAAGUGACUAAAAUGUAGUCCACACAUACCCAUACCAUGUUGCAACAUCUAUUUAGGCAAAAGAGCUGCUGAUAGUUUUGUUCAUCAGGAAAUAAAUUACAUUUCUGAGUUAUACUGGUAAUAGAGCAUGGUUUGGAGUUUAGAUGCACUGCGCGCGCAGUAGUCUAAUCGCUUAUAGCCAAGGAGGACUCGAGUAGGUUAUAUAAUUUGAGGCAUCUGAAGGACACACCUUAAUCUGUUCAUUAGUAUAGCAUGAGAGGUGAAAUGUUUUUCAAUUCUUACAUGUUUUUUAAGCCAGGCAACUUUGUAAAGUCUUAUUUACACAGUGUACGAACAAAAAUGUCUCACAAAAAACAAGAUCGCCCCAUGUAACAUUAUUCUCACUAAACAUGCUAUACAUUUUUGGUACCGGUAAAAGAAGUUUUUGGCAACCUUAAUAAUGAAUGAUUGUUUGCCUUCUUGUAGUGUAUACUGUACAUAUUUGCUUUUAUUACUACUGAUACAUUGUAAUACUGUGUUUGUAUAUUAUGACUAGUUAAUGUUGUUUGUGAUUGUUGAGGACUGUGAUAACUAUUGACUGUCGUAUACUCGUGUGUAGUAUAUACGGUAUGUUUCCCUAUACUGUAAAUUGUUUUAAUUUCACGAUGGUUUUAUGUAGGGAAAUAUUUAUAAUUGAAAUUAUGCCAUAUCAUCCUGAUGAAAGUUUUCAUGAUGAGGAAUUAGCCCUGGACAAACAAGUGGUCGUGGACUUCGAUUCAAUUUAUAUUUCUUUGUGAAACAAAAUACUGGUAGGUAACUGUAGAGGACAGUUGUAAUCCAAUCCUAUGUCAUAUCUAUUCAAUCAUGUUAGGAGUAAAAAAAAAAGAAUGAUUAUAACAACUUCUUUUUCGGUGGAUAUUUCGAGUGCAAAUUCAAAAUUAGUUGAAAAUAUAGGAAUAACAUCAUUUAUGUAUACAAAGGCAAUUUAUGUAGUUGUGUUUGAAAGUUAAACUUCACUGGCAAGACUUUAUUGAUUUACGAACCUAUGGUAAUUUUAUGUAUUGAAACAUGUCAAUGUCAAGUAUUCUCUAAAUUACAAAUUAUGUCAAUAAUUUCUUAUUUUAUUAAAAAUAUAUCUUCUACUUAACUAUAAGGGUAAAUCAGGUUGUUUUAUAAUCAAACUCUGUUUAAUACAGAACUGAUUUCAGAGUUGUCUACCUAUAAGUAUUAUUUUAAGCAACAACUUAAAAAUUAGCAGAAAUGAUGUGUUGCAUGAUUGUACAUUUAAACCAAGAAGUUAUUUUAUAUCAAGAGAAUAACAUGACACAAUGCUUUUAUUUUUAUUAUUUUUUUAUUUAGAUUACAGUAUGACAUACAUUUCAGCCAGGCUUAAGCUUUAAAAGUUGCUAUCCUACAACAUCAUAAUUUGGUUCCCUUCCUAAUUUGGUUCCCCUCCAGUCUGAAAAAUAUUGGUUAUUUAAGUCAGUUAAAACAAACCUUGUUAAAUCUGAAUGACUAAGGUCUUAUACGCCAUUUGUUUUUGCAAUUAUGAAAAAAUGUAUUAUUUUUUCUCUUUGAAAAAAAGUCAUUGAGCUUAUAUUGAGUAGGAAAUUUAUGUUUGAAGUGUUAUUUUGUAGAUUUUGCUAUAUUUAUUGGGUUGGAAUUUAGGAAUUAUACAUGUAACCCAUAUUGCAUUCUGUAAAAAACAAAGUGACUUGAUUUAUAUAAAGAUUUAACAUAUUGCUGUUGCUUUUAGUAUUAAAUAAAAAGCAAGCAUACUGUUAAGUUAAAUAAAAGGCAAGCAUAUUGUUUAUGAAGUUGCAUAAUAAUCAAGAACAGUGUUUAUAAAUUUAAAUAAAGAGGAAGAUCAUUGUUUAUGAAGUUAAGUUAAAAUCAAGCGCAUUGUUUAUUAAGUUAAAAUCAGGCACAUUGUUUAUUAAGUUAAAAUCAAGCACAUUGUUUAUUAAGUUAAAAUCAAGCACAUUGUUUAUAAAGUUAAAAUCAAGCACAUUGUUUAUUAAGUUAAAAUCAAGCACAUUGUUUAUUAAGUUAAAAUCAAGCACAUUGUUUAUUAAGUUAAAAUCAAGCACAUUGUUUAUUAAGUUUAGUAAAAACAAGCACAUUGUUCUUAUUUCUUAAUUGUUAAAGCGGAAUAUUGUUUUCUUGAUUGAAACACUGCAUUAAAAUGUUGUUUUAUAUUAUUACUUGAUUUCACUAAAAUGAUAGUUCUAUUUUUGUUGUUAUUUUAUAUUGUUUUGUUUCUUUUUUAUGAUUUAGAUUAUAUUGUUGUAUGCUAAAUGAGGAAGUUGUUAGAACAUUCUAAGUAGGUGUAUUUAACUUAAAUUUAUUAAAGAAGCUUUGUACAAGAAGUAUAAUUUAUAACUGUUGUUUUGUUUGAAUUACACAAUAUCAUUUACAUGCAAUGCAAAUAAAUACCAUAUGAACA